CGGGUGGGGCCUGUCAGGCAAGGACAGGAACUGUCUUCAACGUUUUCUGAGAGCCAGAGGAACCACAGGAUAAGAGACUAUCUCCUCCCCCACACUCAACCGAGGUGACCCAGCACCGAAAAACCGGAUGCCCAGAGAACACUGUCCUGUGACUUCAUUCUCCUCUCGCGAGGCCACACUGUUGAGUCACCUGGGCCGACCGUUGGGACCCCUCCUCGCCUUCUACCCCUUUCCUGCGUCUCUCAGGCCCUCGAGACCAGCCCCUGCCUGCCUGCUCAGACCUGCGCAGCAUGCGGCCCGCGGGCCUCGAGUGUCCCCACAUGCUCGGCCAGAGGCCUCUGCUGCAUCUACUGUUCCUGCUGUCGCUGCUGCGGCAGCAGACAGUAACCUGCGCCCAGACCACGCUGGGCACCCCCAGCGCCCCAACGGUGCUGGACACCCCUAGCACCCCACCCACACCUGGCACUCCCAGUGCCCCGACUAGGCCAGGAGCCCCUAGCGACUCUACUGCGACAGGCACCCUUAGUGCCCCGACCACGCCGGGAACCCCUAACACUCAGAAUCUGCAGGAUCGUGCUCGGACCUUGAUGCGAGACUUCCCACUGGUGGACGGCCACAACGACAUGCCCCUGGUCCUGAGGCAGUUUUACCACAACCAGCUACAGGAUGUUAACCUGCACAAUUUCAGCCAUGGCCAGACCAGCCUGGACAGGCUUAGAGAUGGUCUCGUGGGUGCACAGUUCUGGUCAGCCUACGUCCCAUGCCAGACACAGGAACGGGAUGCCCUGCGCCUCACCCUGGAGCAGAUUGACCUCAUCCACCGUAUGUGUGCCUCCUAUCCUGAACUGGAGCUUGUGACCUCAGUGAAAGCUCUGAACAGUACCCGGAAGUUGGCUUGCCUCAUUGGUGUGGAGGGCGGCCACUCACUGGACAAUAGCCUCUCCAUCUUGCGUACCUUCUAUGUGCUGGGUGUGCGAUACUUGACGCUCACCCACACCUGCAACACACCCUGGGCAGAGAGCUCAGCUAAGGGCAUCCACCACUUCUACAACAAUGUCAGCGGGCUGACCAGUUUUGGUGAGAAGGUGGUGAUGGAAAUGAACCGCCUGGGCAUGAUGGUAGACUUGUCCCAUGUCUCAGACGCCGUGGCACGACGGGCCCUGGAAGUGUCACAGGCACCUGUGAUCUUCUCCCACUCAGCUGCCCGGCAGGUGUGCGACAAUGCACGGAAUGUUCCUGAUGAUAUCCUGCAGCUUCUGAAGAAGAAUGGUGGCAUCGUGAUGGUGUCCUUGUCUGUGGGGGUGCUGCAGUGCAACCCGUUAGCCAACGUGUCCACUGUGGCAGAUCACUUCGACCACAUCAGGACAGUCAUUGGGUCCAAGUCCAUCGGUGUUGGCGGAGAUUAUGAUGGGACCAGCCGUUUCCCUCAGGGGCUGGAAGACGUGUCCACAUACCCAGUACUGAUAGAGGAGUUGCUGAGACGGGGCUGGAGUGAGGAGGAGCUCCAGGGCGUCCUUCGAGGAAACCUGUUGAGGGUCUUCACACGAGUGGAACAGGUGCGGGAGGAAAAGAAGGGGCAGAGGCCCUUAGAGGAUGAAUUCCCGGCUGAGCAGCUGGACAGCCCUUGCCGCUCCGUCCUCCCAAGGCCACCUCAGAGACAGAAAGAGAUGGCUCCAGACCAGAAAGUAACCGAGACUCAAAUGCAUUGGAUGCCCGACUUGUCACCUAAGAAGUCGUUCUCAAAUUCAUCCCCCAACAUGCUCCCAAGCCUCACAAUUAUUGCCGCCUUCCCAGUCAUCAUUCUGUGGCUCUGAUGACCCAGUUAAUCCUGUCAGAUGUCACUUGGGUAGCUGUGGACACCUCACAAAGUUCCCCCUUCGUGCAGGCACAAGUAUUUCCUGAAAAUAAAUAUUUUAGACUGGAACCAGGCGCGA